GGCAGACUAUAAACACAUCGAUCCUUCUCUCACCUUCCCCAAAGUUGUCUUCCCCUUCUUCCCUCACUUCCCCGUCUCCUACAAGCUCAUCGUUCGCGAUGAGAUAAAACAUCGCUAUGUCUCUCCACGUCUAGGCGCCGUCUCUUUCACAGUCAUGGGUCUGUCCUUCUCGAACCUAAACGGCGACCAUAACGGUUCUUCGUCGAUCGGGCCCAGCCUCGGAGACAUACCGGAGAGCUGCGUGGCGUGCGUGAUUCUCCACCUGACUCCGCCGGAGAUUUGUAACCUAGCUCGUCUGAAUCGAGCGUUUCGCGGCGCGGCUUCCUCGGAUUCGGUUUGGGAGAGGAAGCUGCCGAGUAACUAUAAGGAUCUUCUUGAUCUGUUGCCGGUGGAGAGGUAUCGGAGUCUAUCGAAGAAGGGUGUCUUCGCGUUGCUCUCUCGUCCUGUUCCGUUCGAUGAUGGUAACAAGGAAGUGUGGAUUGAUAGAGUGACAGGACGGGUAUGUAUGGCGGUUUCUGCAAAAGGGAUGGCUAUAACUGGAGUUGAAGAUCGUAGGUAUUGGAAUUGGAUUGCUACUGAAGAGUCAAGGUUCCAUGUUGUAGCCUACUUACAACAGAUUUGGUGGUUUGAAGUAGAUGGGAUGGUGAGAUUCAAUCUUCCUCCUGGUAUAUACUGUCUAUCCUUUCGAAUACACCUUGGAAGAUUCUCAAAAAGGUUGGGGAGACGAGUCUGCCAUUUCGAACACACGCACGGCUGGGAGAUAAAGCCUGUAAGGUUCUCACUCUCAACUUCAGACGGGCAAGAGGCGUCAUGUGAGUAUUACUUGGCUGACAAAGAAGGAGACCAAACAGGUAGAGAAUCCUGGAGGGAUUAUAAGGUUGGAGAGUUUGCUGUGGGUUGCUCUGAGCUAGCAACGGAGGUACAAUGGUCGAUGAAACAGAUAGACUGCACGCAUUCGAAAGGUGGAAUCUGUGUGGACUCGGUGUUCAUCAUCCCAAUAGAUGUGAAGGAACGCAACAAAAGGAAAGCUGCUGUGAGAUCAUAGUUAGAAAGAAAGGCAAUGUACAUCAACACUUUUGUACAUACUACCAUACAGUACUUUGAAAGUGUAAACUGUUUGACGACUUGAGCUGGCUCUUGGAUUAGGUAAUAGUAACAGCAUUGUGAACUUGAUCUGAGUUUUUGUUUUUACUUAUUACUCCAUGUGAAAAUCAAAUUUGUCCUGCACAGCAUGAUAUUGAAAGGACACAAUUAAGGGAGUCCAAGUGUACAAAGCUGUGAGAAGCUAGUAAUGUGACAUAGAUUUGCUUUGACUAAUCUAACUUGAAGUGAA